AUGUGUUCCCUCCCCAUGGCAAGAUACUACAUAAUUAAGGAUGCCAAUCAGAAGGCUCUGUACCUAAGAGGCGACCAGCUCCUGGUGGGAGAUCCUGAUGCGGACAACUGCUGUGCAGAGAAGAUCUGCACACUUCCCAACAGAGACCUGGACCGCACCCAACUUCCCAUCUUCCUGGGGAUCCAGGGAGGCAGGCGCUGCCUGGCCUGUGUGGAGACAGGAGAGGGGCCUGCCCUGCAGCUGGAGGAUGUGAGCAUUGAGGACCUGUACAAGGGCGGUGAGCAGGCCAAACGCUUCACCUUCUUCCAGAGAAGCCUGGGUUCCGCCUUCAGGCUUGAGGCUGCAACCUGGCCCGGCUGGUUUCUCUGUGGCCCGGCUGAGCCCCAGCAGCCGGUUCGACUCACCAAGGAGACUGAACCUUCCAUCCGCACUGAGUUCUACUUUGAACAGAGUCGGUAG